AUGGCCGGAGAUUUUCCAUCCAUCCAGAGGAAGAGAGGAGCUCCAGUCCGCAUCAGACCCUCAGAUCCCAUCCGGCCCACGCCAGGCCUCAUGCUGGGCUCGACACCACCCGUGGGAGCACCGGUGUGUACUGAGCAAGCCUCCAAGCACGGGUUUCAGGACAGUCCCGAUUCCUGGGCUAACCUUGGCCAAGGUGCUCCCGAAGUCGACGAUGACAUCGAGGGCUGCUUCGCACGACCUACCUCUAUCCCUCUGACCCUGAACGGUCGAGAAUAUGGUCCCACCGCAGGCAUCAAGUCGCUUCGAGCCGCCGUCGCAAACUUGUACAAUGAGAAUUACCGGCAAGGAAAAGACUCUCAGUACUCAUGGGAGAAUGUGUGCAUUGUCCCUGGAGGAAGAGCUGGUUUGAUUCGCAUUGCUGCUGUUCUGGGAAAUGCCUAUUUGGGCUUCUUCAUCCCUGAUUACACCGCCUACAAUGAGAUGUUGAGUCUGUUUAAGAACUUUGUCGCCAUCCCCAGCCCGCUGUCUAAAGACGAUGGAUACCACAUUCACGCAGAGAAGAUCGCGGAAGAGCUGGCGCGAGGCACAUCGGUGAUCUUGACCUCGAAUCCACGCAAUCCCACAGGCCACGCCCUCCAUCCUGAGGAGCUUGCCUUGAUCCAGGACAUCUGUCGAGACCGAGCAACCUUGAUCUUUGAUGAAUUCUAUGCCGGCUACAACUAUAGUUCGGGCUGUGAUGGGAGCACCAUCUCGGCAGCUUGCAAUGUCAUCGAUGUCAACCAAGACGACGUCAUUCUGAUCGACGGAUUGACCAAGCGCUUUCGACUGCCUGGGUGGCGCGUCGCCUGGAUUGUCGGGCCCAAGGACUUCAUUACCGCCCUGGGCUCCUGCGGCAGCUAUCUUGACGGUGGCACCAAUGUCCCCUUCCAGGAGGCGGCCGUUCCUAUGUUAGACCCCCCCAAGGUCAAGGCUGAGAUGAAGGCACUGCAGAGCCACUUCAAGACAAAGCGCGACUACGUCCUCAAACGGCUGAACGAAAUCGGAUUCAGGUCAGGGGAUCAGGAAACGCCGGACAGCACCUUCUAUAUCUGGCUGGAUCUCACCACCCUGGAUCCGCCAUUGCCCAAGAACAGCUUGCUGGACAUCUCCAAUGGGCUGUCCUUCUUCGAUGCCCUGCUUCAGGAGAAGACCAUCGUGGUCCCCGGCAUCUUCUUCGACUUGAAUCCUGCCAAGAGACGAGAUCUCUUUGACAGUCCGUGCCACCACUUUGUCAGAAUCAGCUACGGGCCUAAGCUAGAGGUGCUCAAGAAGGGGCUGGAUGGUAUUGAAAGAGUGGUGAAGCGUGCACGAGGCGAGUUUGGCCAGUAUGACAGUGCCAUUCACGACGAGCCCGACCCGAAGUCCCCCAGAAGCCCCAUUCGGUUUUGGAAGACUAAGGGCAGAGAGAGCGAUACAAUUGACUGA